UACGUUCCUGUCUUUUGCGAGAGAGCUGACAAUGAUCCGCUGGUUCCUCGUUUGGUGCCGUCAAAAGAUUCUACCACAUUCCCCUGUGUAACGACUUCCUCCCAUAUUUUCUUUUUUGAUCCUCUCCUGCCACUCUUCAGUCUCUUCCUCUUCAACAAUCUCUCUCUCCCCUCUCCCUCUCUUUCUAUCUCUUUCCUUUGUAAAUACAGAAGUUGGCAGAACGAUCAUCAAUGGCCGGCAACAAGUUUGCGACCAUAUUAAGCAGAAACACGUCGAGAAUUACAGUCAUCCUCGUCUACGCAGUUCUCGAAUGGAUUCUCAUCAUCCUUCUCCUUUUCAAUUCCCUCUUCGCUUAUGCGAUCGGGAAGUUCGCCUCUUUUUUCGGCCUCAAGCCGCCGUGCCCGCUGUGCUGCAGAGUGGACCACGUGCUCGAGCCAGAGAAGAAGGUGGGGAGCUCCUACGCUGAUACCAUGUGCGAAGCCCACGCCAAAGAGAUCUCCAGAUUGGGAUACUGCCUGAACCACGGGAGGCUGUUGGAGGCCUGCCAGACGUGCGAGGACUGCUCCCUGGAGCGGCGGUGCUCGCAGGGGAGCAGCCUCAUAGCCUCCGUCUCUCUGGUCAGCCAGGUGGAUGAAGGGGACGAUAAGGAAUUGCAGUGCUCUUGUUGUGGAGUUCGCUUGGAUGAUGGCUUUUACUCCAAGUAUUUCUUCAGAAAUGGAUUGUUUAAACCUGCUUGGGACGUUUUGGAGUACACCAACAAGGGGACUUUGGUUGGUGAAGAAGAAGAAGAAGACGAAGAAGAAGAAGAAGAUGGCGACGACGAUGAUGCAGAUGAAGGUGAAGAAGAGGGACAAGAAGGGGACAAUGAAAAUGGGGAACAAGCAGAAGAAGAUGAUGAUGAUCAAGUUGAUGCUGGUGUUGCUGAUUUUGGAGAUGAUGGCGGCGAACGGAAAGAGGGGGAGGAGGACGACGACGACGAAGUGGUGGUGGUGGUGAGGGAAGAAGUGGUAAAGGCAGUUGAUCAGUCAAUUGAGAAAGAAACGAAAGGCAGUGAAGCUGCUUCUGCUAUGGACGAUUCUUCUUGCGAUGUUAUGCGCGUGGACUUGGAGUACUCUUGUGAAGAAGAGCGUGUAAUUCCCGUGGAGUUGAUAGAUUCUGUGACAGAACAGAAUGUGUUGAAGGAGAAGGCCGCCAAGGAAUCAGAUGAUUGCUGUCAUCAGCAUCUGCUGGACGAUCUUGGCGUCUACUUCCAGAGCAAAUGCAUCGGUAAUGAAUCGCCGGCGUAUUCUCGUGACUACUUAUCAGUUUUGGAGUUGGAUGUCACUUUUGCCGAGAGUUCUGAUCGGAUAGAUGUGGAUUCACAGCAAUCGCGUUCAGAGACGGUUGUUGCCGACCAUGAUGAAUCCGGUGCUGUGGCCGUUGUUAUUCCAACUGAUGGAGAUCGUGACGAGGAAGACUUGAUUCGGUUCUCGCAGGGCCACGAUCAAAUAAACGGAGCACCAGAAACAAAAGAAAUUACUGAUCUUCGAGAGAAGGUAGUAAGCUUUGUUGAUGGAGUUAUCCGUGAAGAGCCAGUGGUUCAAUUCCAAGGAUGUGAAGAGAUCCCUUUGUCUGCAUCAUUAGACAAUGACGAUGAUGAUGCAGAAAAGGAUAUUGUUUGCAAUGUUUUACAGGUUGAAGUAGAUCAAGAGGUCGAACAAAGAAAAGAUUCGUCCAUUGGUAAUGACAACUGCAUUGCAGAAAAAGAUGUUCUUUACACUGUUUCCCUCCCAGAGGAAGAUCAAGAAUUAGAGAAAACAAAAGACUCUCCCUUUGGUGAUGAUAAUGGUCAUACACAAAAAGAUGAUGUUCGCAUUGUUUUACUCGAGGAAAAUCGAGUGCUAGAGGAAACGAAUGAUUCAACCAUUGAUGAUGACAGUGGUAAUGCACAUAACGAUGCUUCUAGAACUUCAAUAACGGAGGAAAAUGAAGAGGUAGAACAAACAAUAGAUCCGGCUGUCGAUGAUGCACGGAAAGAUUCUUGUACUGUUCUAGUCGACCAGGAAGACCAAGUUCUAGAACAAGAAGCAGAUUCAGCCGUUUCUGUUGACAAGGGUGACACAGAUAAAGAAAAUGAUUCGCUCGCUAAGGAAGAUGGAGGGCUGGGACAAACAAGUGAGCCAGCUAUGGAAGAAGUGGAUUGCUGCCCUGCGUCUGAAAUGGUGGUUGCGAUUGAGAAGAUGGAAGAACGCACAGAAGGCUUGUCUAUUGCUUCUGAAUUCAAUGAUCUUGACGAAGAGAAAGCACCUGAUACGCCCACUUAUAUAGAAGGCAUCCACACUCUGCAGAAACGAUCAGUGAUAGAUAGGAAAGACUCGGGAACAGAGUCUUUUGAUGGAAGUGUUGUAAGCGAAAUUGAAGGUGGUGAAGCUGUAAUAAUCGAGCGAUUAAAAUCUGCCCUCAAAACAGAGCGCAAGGCUCUUAAUGCACUAUACGCAGAGCUAGAAGAAGAAAGGAAUGCGGCAGCUAUUGCAGCUAACCAGACCAUGGCCAUGAUCACACGAUUGCAAGAGGAAAAGGCUGCAAUGCAAAUGGAAGCACUUCAAUACCAAAGAAUGAUGGAAGAGCAAUCUGAGUAUGACCAAGAAGCACUGCAGCUCAUGAAUGAGCUGGUGGUUAAGAGGGAAAAAGAAAAGCAAGAGCUGGAGAAGGAAUUGGAAUUGUACAGGAAGAAGGUUCUACGCUAUGAGGCGAGAGAGAAGAGGAUGGGGAAGAAGAAAUCUAGGGAAAGUGCAGAAAACUUGAUCUUGGACGAUGAAGUUGGGAGGGGUCUGAUGUCAUCUCCAUCUUCCAGCACAUGGGACAGCGACAAACUCUCUGUGGAUUCUGAUGUUGGGGAUGAUGGCUCAGAUGGCAUCUUGGAGAGCAACCAGAACACCCCUGUUGAUGUUGUUCUCGAAUCAAGCAAUGGGCAUGAAAACACCAAAGAGUUGACUACCCUUGAUGAGUCCCUUGCUGAUUUUGAGCAGGAAAGAGAUUCAAUUUUGGAGCAACUCAAAGCAUUAGAAGAGAAACUUUUCACAUUAUCUGAUAAAGAGAGCACAAUGGUAUCAAAACACACAAAUGGUAAUGACAGAGAAAUGGUUCCUGGAGACUCUGUUGAUGAAGAUCUAGAGGAAGCUUAUCACGAGGGGAUGAAUAACGAUCAUGAACAUUGUCAUGAGGAUGCUGACACUAAAGGUUUGCCUGGUCACUUUUCCAGUAAAAGGAAACGUCUCACUGACGGAAAAUACACCGGUCCUAAGCCAAAGAGGCUACUUCCACUAUUUGAUGCCACAACCGGUGAAAAUGGAACUGAAGAACAGGAAGAGGGGGAUGGUUUCUCUCACUUAGAUACCCAGUUCUCCGAACAUGCUAUGAUCCAAGAGGAGGUAAAAGAAGUAUACGAGAGGUUGCAGGCACUCGAAGCAGACCGGGAGUUCUUACACCACAGUAUCAAUUCUCUCAAGAAGGGAGGAAAAGGGAUUGGCUUACUUAGGCAAAUACUGCAAAAUCUGCGUGAUUUAAGGGCAGUUGAACUGAGAGCAAGAAACCUCGGAGAUCCUAUGCCUUGAAUUCAAGUGAUGUCUUCUUUAACUCUAUAUAUUGGCUGGUGAUGAAGUAACACUCGGUGCCUGAUUGGUUGGUAGGGUAGCAACAAAGGGGAGGGAGGUUUUUAGAUCAAAGAGGCAUUUUGUUAAUGGUGCCUCCAACAAGGUGAUAUUUCCUCCUUACACAGUUUCAGUUCAACCUUUUUGUCUACCAGAACUCUUCAUCUUCUUUUAUAUUUUUCUGGAGCCCAUAGUUUUUUGUUUGGGUGUAUUAGUAAAGACCCACCCAUCUUUCAAGGUGAAAGGUGAAAACGAGCCAUGAGAGAACUGGUUCCACCAUCCUCUCUGUCUCCAUCUCGGUGGAAUACUGGCCCAGAGCUGGAAGCACCACAAAAAAUUCCAGUGCCAGCCUACGUAAAACCAAAUAGGUAGUGACAUUAGAGUUUGUGAGUGUAAAAAGAGAGAGGAUUUCCUCUUGACGUUAGUUUUGGUUGUGGUAGUUUAUUUUUUGUUCUUUCAUGACCUGUGGCUCCUUAGUCUAUUCUGCUAGCAACUGUUCUCCUUCGCAGGAAAGAAAGUUGAGCAGAUUUGAUACUUUUGUAUGUUUGGAAGUGGUCAUCUGCUGUAAAAAGAAUUUUAUUAAUUUUGUGUAAAAGUGAGUUUGUUGCUUGUUUGCCAA